AUGAUAUCAGGACAUUUAAUAACAGCUGCUAUAUUAAUAUUUUUUCUUGUUUAUCUGGCGGAUUGUUCCAUACAUAAAAAUUUAAAAUAUUUUGAAACACUUCAUGUUUCAAAAUUCACUCACCAUGUUGUAAAACGUGGUGCUAAGUUAUCAAACCACCCUUUUAACACCAUCAAAGAGCUACACUUCCAAACACUUGGCAAAGAUUUUAGGCUAAUCCUACAUCCUCAUAACACAGUCCUUCACUCAAACUUUAAGGCAUAUUCUGUAGAUGCCAAUGGAAAUAAAACGGUUGUGCAUAUAGAUUAUGAUAAUUUUUACACUGGAAGAGUCUUUGGUGAGAAGUCAUCAGAUGUGAAGAUGCAUAUAGAGGAUGGAGUAAUCACUGGUAUAAUCCAUACACCUGAUGAAACUUAUCACAUAGAGCCGUCAUGGCGCCAUUUGCCACAUCUUAAUGACAAAAACAUGAUCACGUACAGAUCGUCAGAUAUUAAAUUCAGUUGGUCCGGGACGGGAGAAGAAAAGCCAAGAGUUUGUGGAUAUGUUAAGGAAGGCGAAGAUUUAGAAGACAAUGACGAAGAAGGUUACACUGAAGAUUUGGAGUCUGAACUAAAACAAAGCGAAAAAAAUAAAUAUUUGAGUCAAAAUCAAGAUAGUAAUUCUGGCAAAAGAUUUAAGAGACAGAGCGAUUAUGAGUACACUCCAACAAAGACGCGAUGCCCCUUGCUCCUUGUUGCCGACUAUAGAUUCUUUCAGGAAAUGGGAGCUAGCAACACGAAAACAACAAUUAGUUAUUUAAUCAGUCUCAUUGAUCGAGUUCACAAGAUAUACAAUGACACGGUGUGGCAAGACAGGCAGGACGCAGAUGGGUUCAAGGGUAUGGGGUUCGUGAUAAAGAAGAUCCUGGUGCACUCGGAGCCCACGCGCGUGCGCGGCGGCGAGGCGCACUACAACAUGGUGCGCGAGAAGUGGGACGUGCGCAACCUGCUCGAGGUUUUCAGUCGGGAAUAUUCACACAAGGAUUUCUGCUUAGCCCAUCUGUUUACCGACCUCAAGUUUGAGGGCGGUAUUCUCGGGCUGGCGUACGUCGGCUCUCCGCGCAGGAACUCUGUGGGAGGGAUUUGUACACCAGUUUGUUUCGUUCCCAGCUGUUUUGGUGCAGAAUACUACGGCGACUUGCGAUUUGUAGAGUACUUCAAGAACGGGUACACCCUGUACUUGAACUCCGGGCUGUCGUCGUCGCGCAACCACUACGGGCAGCGCGUGAUCACGCGCGAGGCGGACCUCGUGACGGCGCACGAGUUCGGGCACAACUGGGGCUCCGAGCACGACCCCGACAUGGCGGAGUGCUCGCCCGCCGCCAGCCACGGCGGCUCCUACCUCAUGUACACCUACAGCGUCAGCGGCUACGACGUCAACAACAAGCGGUUCUCCCCGUGCAGCCUGCGCUCCAUCCGCAAGGUGCUGCAGGCGAAGUCCGGGCGCUGCUUCUCCGAGCCCGAGGAGAGCUUCUGCGGCAACCUGCGCGUCGAGGGCGGCGAGGAGUGCGACGCCGGCCUGCUCGGCACCGAAGAUAAUGAUAUGUGCUGCGAUAAAAAUUGUAAGCUCAGGAAAAAUCAAGGAGCCGUUUGCAGCGACAAGAACUCCCCGUGCUGCGCCGGCUGCGUGUUCGCGGCGCCGGGCGUGGUGUGCCGCGAGGCCGCGCACCCCGCCUGCGAGGGCGAGGCCACCUGCAACGGCGCCUCCGCCGACUGCCCCAAGGCGCCGGCCAUCGCGGACGAGCACGAGUGCGCGGAGCGCGGGCGCUGCCGCAACGGCUCCUGCGUGCCCUACUGCGAGACGCAGGGCCUGCACAGCUGCAUGUGCGACAUCGUCGCGGACGCGUGCAAGCGCUGCUGCCGCAAGAGUUUGAACAAAACCUGCUUCCCGGUGGCGCACAACGACAUCCUGCCCGACGGCACUCCCUGCAUACAAGGCUUCUGCAAUAAGGGAGUGUGCGAGAAGACGAUCCAGGACGUGGUGGAGCGGUUCUGGGACAUCAUCGAGGACAUCAACAUCAACAACGUGCUGGGCUUCCUGCGCGACAACAUCGUGGGCGUGGUCGUGCUCGUCACCGCCUUCGUGUGGAUACCCGCCAGCUGCGUGAUAAGCUACGUGGACCGGCGACGCCAACGCCAGCAUCAGAAGUAUUUAGAGUGGGAACGACAACACGAUCUCGUACAUCCCUCUUCACCUCGUAAAAUCAUUCAUAUCAGGUUGCCCAAGCAGAAACCGCCUGGGAUGAAGACUGUCAUCCAAGGAACUAGUCAACUU